UGCUUUUCCAGGACUGCCUGGUGCAUACACAUGCAGAACUACACUUCCGUGACCGAGUUCAUCCUGCUGGGGAUUCCUAACACCAGAGGGCUGGAGAUCAUGCUCUUUGUCCUCUUUUUGGCCUUCUAUCUCUUCACCUUGCUGGGAAAUGUGCUCAUCUUCCUCACCAUCCUAGUGUCCUCCAACCUCCACACCCCCAUGUAUUUCUUCCUGGGAAACCUGUCAGUGUUUGACAUCUUUUUCCCUUCCGUGAGUUCCCCCAAGAUGAUGCUCUACCUAGCGGGACAAAGUCGGACCAUUUCUUACCAGGGCUGCACCUCCCAGCUCUUCUUUUAUCAUGUCCUGGGUGGUACGGAGUGUUUCCUCUACACUGUGAUGGCUUAUGACCGCUUUGUGGCUGUUUGUCACCCUUUGCGGUACAUGGUUAUCAUGAACCGCAAGGUGUGUAUCGGCUUGACCUUGGGCACUUGGCUGGGCGGCUGCCUCCACGGCAGUAUCCUCACAUUUCUUGUCUUCACGUUACCCUACUGUGGCCCCAAUGAGGUGGACAAUUUCUUCUGUGAUAUCCCAGUGGUGCUGCCCCUGGCCUGUGCAGACAGCUCUCUGGCUCAGGUGGUGAGUUUCACAAACGUGGAUGUUGUGACUCUGACAUGCUUUUUCCUUAUCCUCACUUCCUAUGGCCGCAUUGUCCUUUCCAUACUGAAGAUCAGUUCCUCUGAAGGCAGGCGCCGAGCCUUUUCAACCUGCAGUGCCCACCUGACUUCAAUCGUCUUGUUCUAUGGGCCUGUGAUGCUUAUUUACCUCUGGCCUGCUUCCAGCCCCUGGCUAGAUUCUGUUAUUCAAGUGUUAAAUAAUAUUGUCACUCCUUCCCUUAAUCCUUUGAUUUACACCUUGAGAAACAAGGAUGUAAAAUUGGCUCUGAGGAAAGUAUUAACUCAAGUGGUCCCCAUUUCUGGGAUAUAA